CAAAAUAAAAAUAGGUACAUUUGCGAUCCAACUAUAACCUAAACUGAUAAGUAGGAAAUCAUUUAAAAUAUUAAUGACUUUUUGACAAUAAUUAAAUUUCGGUAUGAGUGUGUUGAUAACUAAAAUUUUUACGUCGUCUUUGAGGUGUAUAUCUGCUAGAACAGUUAUUUGUAAUACAUUUGGCGAUUCUGUACCAGUGAUAAAUAAAUUUCUUUUCAAUAAAAAUGAUAUUUUUCGCAUUAGACAACAAGUUUCUCGAAGCUAUUCUAAUGACACGAUACUACCAACGUCUAUGGCUUUGGACAAUACAAGUUUGCCAUUGAAAAAGAAAACUGUCCACAAAAAAACAUUACUCGAAGAUGUGUCGCACAAAGAAGGCCAUUAUUUAACUUUAGCAUACGCCACAGCAAAUAAUUACGAUUUGAAAGCUUUAAGAGAAGGACUGGUUAAUCAGAAGUUAUAUGAACCAGAAACUUUAAAAUCCCAAGAUCUAGGUGAUGUGGUGGUCGCCCAUGCUGUUUAUUCUAUUGGACAUGAACCGCGUGAGAUCAUAUUCUUCCGCGAAGGUGCUGUCGUAUUUUGGAAUUGUACAGAACUUGAAGCUAAUAAUGUUCUAGAUUUUAUCAGGCCAUUUGAAAUGGAGAGCUACCCAAACGAAGUAGUCAACAAGGAAAGAGAAGUGAUGACAUAUGAGUACCAAGUAAAUGUCAAAAGAUGUUCUCUACAUGAAUCAUCUAAUUGUUUCGUCCUUGUUCCAAACUCGGAUAACUCGCUGGAGAGAUAUACUUUCAGUCAUGCUAUGGCACAGUCAGCUCGUCUUGGAGCGUGGGAGGCUCGUCUUGAAGCUCUCGCUGCUGACGUAAGAGCACUCUCUAUGCACAUGGAGAGGGACGGAGCUGCACAUGUUGACAAGAAAGUGGUGGUUCGUAAGCUGGGUGAGCUUUUCUCUCUCCGUCACCAGCUGUGCUUGGAGUCAGACCUGUUGGAUACACCAGACUUCUACUGGGAGGAGGAAAGGCUUGAGCGCCUCUAUUCACACACAGUCGCAUACUUCACCAUACCAAGACGUACACGGGUGUUGAACGAGCGUCUCUCCCAUUGCGUGGAGUUGUUGGAACUGUUAUCCAGCUGGGCGGCUGAUCGUCACCACGUGCGCCUGGAGUGGAUGGUCAUCGCUCUCAUCCUGGCCGAGGUCUGCUUCGAACUGCUCCACUGUUAUGAGAGGUAUAUGUGGAACGAUUCAGGUCAUAGUGGAAAACAGCUGGCGCCAACUUUGGGAUGAAAAAUACAAACAGAAUUGCUUGAUAAAAAAAUAUUUCAAAUUCUUUAGGGGUUUGUUAUUGUUUAAACAGAUGAUUAGUAGCAAAGAAAAUUAUUGAAAAAAUUUAUAACCAAAGGCUUAGAUUAUUGUUAUAUAAUCAGUGAUACGUAACUCUACAACUCAGAACAUUAUUAUUUUGUAACUAAAUCGACAGAAAUGAAACUUAUUGUAUAUCUUAGUGAUACGUCUGUAAGAUCAAGCACUGAAUGUGAAUGUUAAAGUUUAUAUUUACAGUAAGUGAUGUUAAAUAAUUUUAGUUAUUAAGGAUAAAUAUACAAACAAUAAUAAAGUA